AUGCUCGCCCGCAUGGCUCGCGAGUGGAGCGUGUUCAUGCGGCAGCCGGUGCUGCCGCGCCAUAGCAAGAAUUCGCACUCGUGGCUGCGUCAGGUCACGUUACUGCGUGCGCUGCUCGUGGCCGUCACCGUCUUUGCCUCCUGGGGAUACACACAACUGCUGGUGCGCUACGGCAGUAUCUCGCCGGCAGCUACGGUGCUCUUCACCACGGCCUACGAUGGUCGUGCGGCCGGUGACUUACCGCCGAUUUCACCUCCCUGGCGCCCGCCGUUCCGCGUUGUAGUAUCGCUAACGACAACGCCUAGCCGGCUGGACAAGGUUAUGGACAGUGUCCGCUCACUCACAAAGCAGAGCCUUGUACCAGACCAGAUUUACGUCAAUAUCCCUGAAGGGCCCAUGAAGAGACACCCGGAGCGCUCAUACGAUGAGACCGAAAUCCCGUCCGAUCUGGUGGGACUAACACCACUCGUCAAGGUGAAUCGCUGCGUGGACGACGGCCCGGCCACGAAAUUGCUGGGAGCUUUACGACUGGAACACAACGCGUCAACGCUAAUAAUCACAUUAGAUGAUGACUUCGAAUACCCACCGGAACUGGUAGCUUCGUUGACAUGGGAAGCUGUGGCCAAGCCGGACGACGUGCUGGGCGUGUGUGGAUGGGGAAUGCUGCCUUUGUGGCACGAGGUUGGCGUCGUGCCCGCCUACGUGCCGUAUUUUAUGCGUCCCAAUGGACGAUACGUGGACAUUUUACAAGCCUGUUGUGGCAAUGCGUAUCGACGUGGAUUCUUUACGGAUGUCGAGGCACUUGCAGACAUUCCGUCGGUCUGUGUGACAGUCGACGAUGUGUGGAUUGCAGGGUAUCUGCGGACAGUGGAACAGAGACAUAGUGCGUUAAUUAGCAAGAGAUUGGAUCCGUCGGAUCCGAAGUGGAAGAAGGAAGAAGCGCGCUCGUCCGAGCGACAUAUGACGCUCUCCAGCUUCAACCACGAACACCAAGUACAUUACAAGUGCGUCCAGGCCAUCGAGGAGAGGUUCCAGCGGCGAUGGACGCGUAACUUUGAAGAGUCUUAG